AGGAGCCCCUGCGCCUUCUCUCCUCCGCAGCUGCCCACCAUGGUCUGGCCGUGCAUCCCUGACCCUGGGCUUCCCUGGCAGCCCAGAGCGGGAACUGUCCCCUGGCAGCAGAGGGGGGCGUGGGCUGCCAGAGCCUGGGAGAGCCGGCCCCUGGACUAUGCCAUCCAGGUUAGCGGGCGUGGGCCGUUCAGGGGCGUCUCCCCCGCAGCCCGCCGCCCAGGGCCAUCUGCAGCCUGAAGACAGAAUGCUCAAGGGACAGCUUCCAAACACGGGCAAAGACCUCGCAGCCCACCCAGGGUCCCCACCUGCCAACAAUGGUGAGGGCCCUGAGAAGAGCCCAGUGCUCCCCCCGAAACUUCCAGCACAGGUCAGCAACGAGGACCCACAAGCCGAGGCAACAAGCUUCACCCCAAAGCCACCGCCGAGGCCCCGGCUGGAGCGAGCGCUGUCCCUGGACGAGAAGGCGUGGAGGAGGCGGCGUUUUCCAAGCAGCCACGAGGACCUGGCGGCGCACGUCGGGGCCAGCCCCUGUAGGGGCUCCACCCAGGACGAGGUCCUCAGGCCCCCCGCCCACACCGACUCCCCACACUGCCUGAGCGCCUCCUUGCAGGAGAUCCCCACGUCCCGCAGGGCCCAGGGCAGCGCGGGAGGGAGCCCUUCCUCAUGGGGUCACUGUAUCUCCGGGAUGAUCAGCACUUCCCUGGACGUCCUGCACCGGGACGGGACCUCAGCCCGGAGCCCCGCCAGGCUGCCCGCUGUGGACCAGAAGGUGGCCUCCGCUUUCCUGCGGCCGGCCGACCGGGCGGACUCGGGUCAGGCCGACCUCAAGGCCCGCCUGCCGAGCAGACUUUUCCGGGCCUAUAGCAGCCUGGGCCCCGGCCGGCCCCCGAGUCCCCUGGCCUCUGAGGCCAGAUCCCCCUUUAGCCUGCUGGCUCCCAUCCGCGCCAAGGACGUCCGGACAAGGAGCUACCUGGAGGGGAGUCUCCUGGCGAGCGGGGCCCUCAUGGGGGCGGAGGAGCUGGCCCGGUACUUCCCGGACCGCAGCAUGGCCCUCUUCGUGGCCACCUGGAACAUGCAGGGCCAGAAGGAGCUGCCCCCGAACCUGGACGAGCUCCUGCUGCCCACCGAGGCCGACUACGCCCAGGACCUGUAUGUCGUCGGGGUCCAGGAGGGCUGCUCCGACAGGCGGGAGUGGGAGACGCGCCUGCAGGAGACGCUGGGCCCCCGCUACGUGACGCUGUACUCGGCGGCGCACGGGGCGCUCUACAUGUCUGUGCUCAUCCGCAGGGACCUCAUCUGGUUCUGCUCAGAGGUGGAGAGCUCCACGGUGACCACACGCAUCGUAUCUCACAUCAAGACCAAGGGGGCCCUGGGCGUCAGCUUCACCUUCUUUGGCACCUCCCUCCUCUUCAUCACGUCGCACUUCACCUCUGGCGACGGGAAGGUGAGCGAGCGGCUGCUGGACUACAGCAGAACCGUCCAGGGCCUGGCCUUGCCCAGGAGCGUGCCCGACACCAGCCCCUACCGCUCCGACGCCGCGGAUGUUACCACCCGGUUCGAUGGGGUGUUCUGGUUCGGAGACUUCAACUUCCGUCUGAGCGGCGGGCGCGUGGCCGUGGAGGCCAUCCUGAAGCAGGACCUGGGGGAGAAGGUGUCGGCCCUGCUCCAGCAUGACCAGCUCACCCAGGAGAUGAAGAAAGGGUCCAUCUUCAAGGGUUUCCAGGAGCCGGACAUCCACUUUCUUCCGUCGUACAAGUUCGACAUCGGGAAGGACUCCUACGACACCACCUCCAAGCAGAGGACCCCCUCCUACACGGACCGGGUUAUGUACAAGAGCCGCCACAAGGGUGACAUCUGUCCCAUCAAGUACUCCUCCUGCCCAGGCAUCAAGACAUCUGACCACCGCCCCGUGUACGGCCUGUUCCGGGUCAAAGUGAGGCCGGGGAGAGACAACAUCCCGCUAGCUGCCGGCAAGUUUGACAGAGAACUGUACUUAAUAGGAAUUAAAAGACGCAUUUCCAGAGAGAUCCAGAGGCAGCAGGCGCUGAAGGCUCAGCACUCAAGCAGCAUCUGCACUGUCUCCUGAGGGUGCCCGAGGACCCUCGUCACCCACCUGGGAGGUUACUUGACCAAAAGCCCCUAAAAAGGAAGAAGAGGUUGCUGUGUGGGACUUCUGCUUCUGGGCAGCGGGCGGACCCAUGCUCGAGGCUGACCUGCUUCCUUACCAAGAACCCCACGGGGAGGCCAGAAGACCGGCCAGGCGGUACCACGGCGCCGGUGCCUGGAAUGGAACCAGCCAC